CAGGGAAGAACAGAGGAGGGUUGAAAGAAUUAGAAGAUGGGGCGCUUUGAGGAUUUGAAGCCUGCAUUGGCUAUGCUGGGGUUGCAGUGCAUUUACUCUGCGCUUGCCAUCUUCAGCAGAGCCGCUUUGGUCCAUGGGAUGAGCCCUAGAGUCUUUGUUGUUUACAGAAAUGCCAUUUCCACUAUAGCCAUGGCCCCUGCUGCUUUUAUCUCUUCAAGGAAAAGUGGGCGCAGCCUUUCCAUCGGAUACAGAGGCUUUUCUCUCAUUUUUGUGACUUCUCUUUUUGGAGUAACGGGCAACCAAAAUGCCUAUUUUGAAGGCCUUUACUUGUCCUCCUCGUCGGCGGCGAGUGCCAUCGUUAAUUUGAUACCUGCUAUCACUUUCGUUAUGGCUCUCACUGUAGGGUUGGAGAAACUUAAAGCAAGAAGCUGGAGAAGUGUUGCAAAAGUACUAGGAACGGUGGUAUGCGUCGCUGGAGCAGCUGCAAUGGCUUUAAUAAAAGGCCCAAAAUUAUUAAACACAGACAUGUUACCUAAAAGUCUUGGCGUUUUUGAUAUGCUUCGUGUCGGAGUCGGAGUUGGAAACAGAGCCGAAGGGGACACGUGGCUUCUCGGCUGCGUGCUUCUCUUCGUAGGCAGUUGCUUUUGGUCAUUCUGGAUCAUCAUGCUGGUCCCAAUUUCAAGGCACUGUCCCGACCAUAUAAUUUCUUCCACAUGGAUGUUGUUCUUCGCCAUGUUCCAAGCAGCCAUCUUUACACUACUGGUUGACGACAGCUCAAAAGUCUGGAACCUUCCUUCUCCAUUGGAAUUGGGCUCUUGUUUAUACGCCGGAAUAUCCUCGGCAUUGUCCUUUUUGGUUCAAGCAUGGUGUGUGUCUCGAAGAGGCCCUCUUUUCACAGCAUUAUUCAACCCUCUGUGCACAGUCAUUACCACCUUCAUUUCCUCUCUGUUUCUGCACGAAGAGCUGUACAGUGGGAGCGUAAUGGGUGCUAUCGCUGUUAUAAUUGGAUUAUACAUUGUAUUAUGGGGGAAGGCUAAAGACGUUGAAGGCAUUGAAGGAGGAAUUGAUAUAGAAGAUAAGAUUGAAAAGAAUGAGUGCAAGAACGAUCUAGAACAGCCCCUGCUGUUUGGUGAAUCAGAUGACACGAUCAAACGUGAUCAAGUUUGAAAUUUUUUUUUUUUGAAUUUAAGAAAUAGAUUCCAGAAUAUUCUGUGCCGUCUGAGUUGGCAUUACGCGUUUAAUUUUCUCCACAUAUGGUCUUGUCGAUCACAAGGUUGUAUUGGGAUUUGGAAGUAUGUGUAGGUGUUGAUGAAAUGGAGGUUCUGACAUGUCAGUGGCUUGGAACAUGAUACACAUGGGCAACUCCAAUCCAACUCCUUCCUACGUGUCUCCGACGUGACACCUACCGGCUACCCUUUCUGCCCUUUUUAUUUAUUCAUUAUUAAAUUUUAAAUCAUUUAUUGAAAAUCUCU